CAAAAAAACAAGAGGUUUUGAAGAGUUUUCAGUAGUAAAACAAUCUUCUUCUAUCUUGAAACGUUACCAAAAUUUAAUGAAAAGACCAAUACCUUUAGGAGAACCUUGAAUGUGAUGUGAAGGAUGUGCGUACGAUAUUACCAUGUGUCUUCGACAAGGAAACGGACCUAUCUGUAUGUAACAGAUACAAGUACGAGAAUAAAUCAUCAGCAUAAGACAAUUGAUCGUUUAAUUCCAUGCAAAUUCCCAAACAUCAGAAUGUGCGAGCCUAUUGUUCAACGGUAUAAGCCUUGCGGAAUCCGAGAGUUAUUUCAAAACUUUUUAGAGCUCUACGCCAUCAUUUUCGAAAAAAGUUUUUGAAUUUUUAAUACAUAGUCCGUCUUGCCUUGCUAUAGCCAUGAUAGAUCCGAAUAGAUUCAACGGUAGACACCAUUGACCUGGUUUGUCGUCGUCAAGAAAAUCGCUUUAAUUUCUAGUUGUAAUAUUUUCACAGAGCAAACAGUGCUUCUUUUUUGCUUAGUCUCGUCAAAAUUGAUGGAUGGUGAUCCAGCAGUACCUUCAUAGCAGAUGCACCCUUCAAAUAAAUUCGAAUAAAUAUUUAGUUAUUUUGUUCUUUUUAAAUUGUUUUCUUUAAUUUUCUUUCAGUGAGGCCGAUUUUCGGAUUCAUCUUUCUUCCUUAUAUCUCCCCAUAUCCUAUACAUGACUUCC